AUGCGAACAGUCAAGGACUCGCCUCCCACAGGGGAGAAGACACCUGUCCUUCCCUGUGAUGAAGAAUCAUCUUUCGCCUCUGUAGAUGAUGUAUUCUUCUUUUGUGAUCAGCAACAGGCUGUAAAUCAGGAAACUUAUUAUUCAGAUUCAUUCAAGAAAACACGUUCCAAAGACGAGUAUUCAAAUGUCGAAGGUAAUUCGAAAAAAUCUAGUAUGAGAUCGGAGAAUAAGAAUUCUAAGCAGAAAGAUUCUUCUACAUGCACAAAAGACAAAGAUCAGAGUAAAAGCACAACCAAUGAAAAAGUGAGCGACUGUCACAAUUUUCAAUUGAAUCAUACUGGAAAGGCCGCCAAGAAACAUACCUAUCUACCAAAAAAUUUGAAAAAUCCCUUUGCUCAAAAAAAUAUUGUUCAUAGAAGCUUAAAGAAUUCAUUUGGUCAAAAUCAGAAGAAGACAGAUAGUCAAAGAACUCACACGACUUUAAUUGAUAUACUUGUGGAGGAUUGUCGACAAUGUGCGAUUGGGGAGAAACCGGUCGCAUCAUUUUCUAAUGUUUCUGGUGAUAUUAAAAAGGAUAUUACUGAUUGCAGAGGUACUCUUACUCAGCCUACAGAAAAAAAGUCUCCUGGAUCUCGAUUUAAGUACAAUUGCAUAGAGUCGGCGAUGGACUCUGUUAACAGUAAUAAAGACAGUAGGCAACGUUAUUAUAAUAAAAUCUCAAUUGUAGAUAAUAUUACAAAGUUUAAAAGGCCCGAUACAACACACACAAAAACUACAGAAGUCACGAAAAAGUUUCCUUGGAAUUGUACAUGUACAAGUAAAAUAAAGAGAAAUCUUGACAAAUGCAAGGAACAAAUGAAGACCGAUUCUGUCGAGAGCUUAGAUUCCUAUAAUGACGCAAAACAGUUGAAAAAGAAAAAAUCUGCUUGCAGUCCAUUGAAAAAAUUUGGCCGAUCAUCUCUAUCAGUGGGUGCGGACAAAAUCACGAUAAAUUUGCCCAAGUAUUCUCCUUGCGCAAGUAGAUUAGCCGCAAGCUCAAAAAUUUUGUCGUCUGAUUUAGCAGCAGAUCCAGAGAGUCCGCUUCACGUUCCACGCUCGAGAAGUCCGUCUCAUGUCGAUGUACAAACUGAGAAACAAACUGAGAACAACCCUUCGAAGAAUUCGGAAAAAACGUCGAUACAGGCCAGUUUGUCUUUAAAUAUACAACAGUUCCAAAAGCCUCGGUAUACUCUGCGUAGUAGGAGUGUAGGUGACAGCUGUGUAACGUCCCCAACAAGUGAGGCAACUACCGUGAGCUACUCGCCUACUGGUACAGAGAUAUUGUCCUUGGAAGAAGUCGGACCGCAUACGUCGCAUACAUCAUCGGCCGAAGGCUCUGGUAGUAGUUAUUCAGAAGUCAAAGAGAAACCGGAUGUCGAAUGUUCUGACAAAGUUAGGAGAGCGACUUUGGAGACAAAGUGUUAAUGAAACGUGGACUCUUGACAACACAUCAAACAUGUGUUUCACGCCAUUCUCUCUUCCACGUAUAUACGUAUUUUACGUAAAACGAUCACGCAGUUCCAUACGCCCGCGAUAAACCCAUUCGGGCUGUAAUCGCGCUAGUGAGAAACUGUAUACAGAGGCGAAUAUAUAUACGCGACAUACCUUUAUAAAAUUUAUUAUAUUUCUAGAAUCGCGAGAGUAUACAUACUUGUGCAUAUUGAAUAUUCUUAUCUACAUAUAUAUAUAUAUAUAUAUAUACACACACUCAAACGCACGCGUGUUUGUGUGGAUAUUAAGAGCUGUUUUUGCAAAAUAGGCUACAGAACGUUGUUGCGACAAAUGUGUCGAGUAUUAUUAUUUUUAUUAUCCUCCUUAAAAUUAGGAUAUCCAAUGGUUCCCGUGUGUGAUUGUCGAAACAUUUCUUUGCCUCGGGAAGUGCGAUGAACAUUGAUAGCAUGUAGUGAAGAGAUAUCUCGCUGAACAUCUGCUUUUUCUCUAUUUAUUAAAAAAUUAGUCAAUCUCAUUGACUUUUUUAUUUCAUUAAAAUUUUUAAUUCUUUAGCUUUAAAAGGCACAUGUAUCGUAAGAAGAAACUGCCUCUCAUUCACGGAAAGCGUACAUAUACGCUCUCGUAAAAUAGGUGCGCGCGCGUGCGCGUGUGCGUGCGUGCGUGUAUGUGUGUGUGUGCGUGUGCGUGUGC